CGCGUGACGAGUUAGUGAUCGACACGUGCGUCGAGCCCACCGACUCGGUCGUAUCAGCGACCGUUGGUUCGUCGGUCCGCGGAGGCGGGUUGCACGCGGCAAACCGAAUGCGCCAGAGUGUGCCGAGAGGAUGAGCUACGCGUGUUCGGGAUUACGUCGAAUUCGCGCGAAGAAAGCUCGCGCUCGCGCUCGCGUCAUCGCGGUCCCCUUGCCUCCGUUUCCAUCUACGUCUCUUUUUCUCACCUCCCGCCACCUGUAUCGCUAAACCGACCAACGGUAUUUAUUCGUUGAUCCCUCGUCUCUCUCUUCCCCCCCCCUCUCUCUCUCUCUCUCUCUCUAUGUAUCUCUUUGCUCGUUUCGUCGAAUCGAGAGACAACGACGAAACGUCGUCGCGCGACCCGUGGACGAGGUCGAGGCGAACUAGCGACUCCGAACACAGCGAGAAUCGUUGAUUUCCAUCAACGUCGAGGUCUCGUUAAGCGAGACUUCGUGCUCGGAAUAAAUCCUAGGAUCGCGCUCGAUGACGCAUAAACGAACACCCGAUUCGUCAUCCGUGUCGAGUUCACCGUAUCGACUGGUCUCGGGUCUGCAAAGGAAUAUCGGGAUCGUCGUGGUGGUCGCGGUUGCCUCCAUCACCGCACGACGAGGCAACAAACGAAAGAGAAGAAGAGGAAGACGAAGGCAGCGAGCUUUUGGUCCUUUGGUCUACUACUGGUCUACCGCUGGUCUACCACCGGUCUACCACUGGUCUACCACUAAGCACCGGCGAGCGGCAAAGGUACGGUAAAGGCGAGCAGAGGGAGCGAUAGGUGUUUGCGGCUAAGUGUCGCGAGUUCGGCACGGUUCCCAACAGUAGCAGCAGCGAGACCGGCGCGUCAGGCUUCGCGACCGCUCCGCUUCCCUUCGCUCCGUCGACAGCCACACCGACAGAGAAACGGAGAGAAGGAGAGACAGGGAGGAGAGACAUCGUCUCUUGCAUCGACAUAGCGCGGAACAAGAUCGAGCUAUCGAGGACGACGUCGAACGGAGCAUAUCUCUCUCUAGUUUACCGCGGACACCUUCUUCUCCGCCAUAAACCAUGUCGACGAACGGCAUCCCCGUAGACCGCAAGUCCGAGUCGAAGAGGCCCGCCGAGGUGUUCGAGAACCAAGUCCCUCCACCAACCGCAUGGUUAGGCACGCGUCACGUAGUGACUCUGAUGCUGUUCCUCGGCAUGGCGAACGCCUACGUGAUGAGGACGAACAUGUCCGUUGCGAUCGUCGCUAUGGUCAAUCACACUGCCAUCACCGAAGACAAGGAAAUCGUGGCCAACGAGUGCGGACAUACCGUUUCCUCGUCGACCACCAGUCAUCCAAACAGCGAUGGACAGUUCGUAUGGGACACCACCAAACAAGGCUAUCUGCUUAGCUCGUUCUUUUACGGCUAUGUCAUCACGCAAAUACCGUUCGGAAUACUCGCAAAGCGGUACGGAUCGAAAUACUUCCUCGGCGUCGGUAUGCUGAUCAAUUCGGUGUUUGGGCUGUUGGUACCUGUGUCCGCGCGCGCCGACUACUAUUGGCUCAUGGUCGUCCGAUUCAUUCAAGGUCUGGGCGAGGGUCCAAUUGUGCCUUGCACGCACGCGAUGCUGGCCAAGUGGAUACCACCGAAUGAGCGCAGCAGGAUGGGAGCCUUCGUAUACGCCGGUGCGCAGUUUGGCACUGUGAUUUCGAUGCCAUUGAGCGGAGUCCUGUCCGAGUAUGGUUUCGAUGGCGGUUGGCCCUCCAUAUUUUACGUGUUCGGCGCAGUCGGAACCAUAUGGUGCAUCGCUUUUCUUCUCAUGGUCUAUGAGGAUCCAGAAAGCCAUCCCCGUAUAGCCGAAGAGGAAAAGAAAUACAUUCUGAGUGCUCUGUGGGGUAAUGCUGGAGCCUCCUCGCCACCUGUACCAUGGAUCUCUAUCAUCACGUCGCUGCCCUUCUGGGCUAUCCUGAUCGCGCACAUGGGUCAAAACUAUGGAUACGAAACGUUGAUGACCGAACUGCCGACAUUUAUGAAACAGAUUUUACAGUUCGACCUUAAAUCGAACGGUACCGUUUCCGCGCUUCCCUACUUGGCCAUGUGGAUAUUCUCGAUGGUAAUCUCUCACGUGGCCGACUGGAUGAUUUCCAAUGGAUCGUUCAAUCACACGAUCACGCGUAAAAUCAUCAAUAGCGUCGGUCAGAUCGGACCAGCGAUCGCUCUUGUGGCCGCUUCCUACACCGGAUGCAAUUCUUGGUUGACAGUGGCCAUACUGACGGUAGGAGUUGGUUUAAACGGUGGCAUCUAUUCCGGAUUCAAGGUGAAUCAUUUAGACAUUUCACCGAGAUUCGCUGGUGUCUUGAUGUCCUUUACCAACUGCUUGGCCAACUUGGCCGGUUUACUGGCGCCCAUCACAGCCGGACAUAUAAUCGUCGGACAGCCGACCCAUGCAAAAUGGAGGCUUGUGUUCAUGAUCUCGGCGGGUGUCUAUAUCGUAUGCGCCAUUUUCUACGUAAUAUUCGGCUCCGGACAACGGCAGCCGUGGGAUAAUCCGGACAAGGAUGAAGAUAAGCAGCAUGAGAAGCAAGGCUUGGAGAGCGUUAAAACUGUCGCGGAAACGCAACAUUGA